AUUUAUUACAGAAAAGAAUAUCUCAACAUUUACAACAAGAUGUAUUGUAUAUAUUCAUUCAAAUAUAAAAUUCUCUUUUCUGUCUCGGCACUCACCAUUAGGGCUAUUCUACAAUAAGCCGUAAAUCGUAUAGUCAUAAGAAAUUGACCAAUUACAGACAAAUCACAUAAGAAUUCAUCGACUGUGAUUGCUCAAUUUCUUAUGACUUUACGACUCACGGCUUAUUGUAGAAAGCCUAUUAGUCUUAAGAAAUGAUAAUCACAGUCGAUUAUUCUUCUGUGAUUUGUCUGUGAUUGAUCAAUUUUUUAAGAUUAAGACUAAGAUUAAGAUUAAUACCGAAGCAUAAAUUAGUCAUCAAACUGUGUGAUAAUGUAUAAAGAUAUGUUUGUUUUUAGCUAAGAUAGUACACUGCCCGUCAAUGAUUCGCUGGGUAGUGCAGUAGCCCUAACUUAUUAGUCUAAGCCUAGAUCUACAAUAAGUAUAGCCGUAAGAAAUUGAUCACUCACAAAACAUAAAAGAAUAAUCGACUAUGAUUGGUCAAUUUCUUACGCCUUAAAGCUUAUUACAUCUAUUGUAAAUUUAGGCCUAUGGCGAAUUCCCACUGAGCGCGUCACGCAUCUUGUUCUAUUUUAUUCCAUUCCAUUACCAUGCAAUAAAAUGAGAUGCUUUAAUUGGUUAAUUUGUGACGCUGACGGAUGACGCGACGCGUGACAUAUACGCUCAGAACAUAUUUGUCAGUAGGAAUUCGCCAUUAGGUCGAUAAGUUAGAGGUUAGAGCUACUGUACGACCCAGCGAAUCAUAGACGGGCAUUAUACGUGAAAAACAGAGACGAUGAUACCUUAUAGAUACUAUCUCUCUCGACAUCAAGAUUAUCAGGCAGAAACAAAGGCAACGUUCGUAUUAAACAGUAACCUAGCAAUAAACAAACUAACUUAGCAACGAUUAUUUUUUGUAUAAUCGGCUAUGAAACAUGUAGAAACGUGUACGUUCGCGCUUUAACCACAUUCAACCAUGCUAUAAAUAUUAUCCAAAGAGUUGUAUUGAAAAUAGAAAUUCUAAUAUGUACGCCUUAGUAAAAUUUCAUGAUGGUAUUUAUCACGUGUGCAAAUCAAAUCUUAUUACUUGUAAAGGCGUUACAAAAGCUACAUACAGUGAUAGACGUAAGUACCCAGCAAAUAUUAUAGCGAAAAAUGAUAACAAAGCUAUAUUACACGAAAUAAAACAGAAUAUAUUUGCAAAUAAACCACGUGUGUUUUGUAAAAAAAUUUAUUUCCAAAGUAGAAAGAGAAAUACAAAAUACAAAAAUUAUGAUUAUGAAAGGACUACGAAUACCUGCGUAUUCAAAGGAAACGACGAACUGGAAACAUCAGAUAUCCCAGUGAUCAUUGAAAAAAAUAGAAACAAUUGUUCAACUGAAACUGAAAGCAAGGAGAGUGGUAUUGAAAUGUUUGAUGUUCCAAUGCAUAACAAUAUAGAUAAACCAACCAUAACAGUCACUGAUGAAAGUAGAAGGUAUGACAGACCAGAAACAGCAGAAAUAGAAAUUAAGGAUUGUGAUUAUCUAGACACCAGUAAUGUUCCAACAUCUUCUAAUAUCAACGCAGUAAUCAUCGAAAAUGGAAAUAGUUGUCCAACUGAGAUUCAAAGCAAAGAUAGUAAUAUAGAAACGUUUGAUGUUCCAAUACAUAACAAUAUUAAUACAAUUUUGAAUAAAAAUGAGAACGUAUGUCACAGUGAAAUACAAAAUAUAGACUGUAAUAUUAAUGGAAUUUCAGAUGUGCUUUUACCUUGUGAUUUGGUUAGUAAAUCAAUUAGUAAAUCAGUAAGCAUCGAUAAAGACAUAAGCAAUGAAAGAACUGAUAAAUUCAAUGAAGUCUGGCAAGAUGUUGAAAUUUUAUUAUCUUGUGAACCUUUGUCAGAACCUGCAAGUAUACAGACAUGUAAUGCAGUUGAAAAUAAUCUGGAAAUUGACAAUAUUAACAUGGACGUCUCAUUAACAGAUUUACUUAACAUAUCUCCAUCUACAUUUAUUUUAGAUGAUUGUGUUAGAAGAAUAUCUUUUAAUACUACUG